AUGCAAACAUGCUCGUCAAGAACCCAAACCACGCCGACAAGAAGACCUCAGUCCACUCCGCGCGCCACUCCUACCAGACCUGGUACCGAUCGAAUUCGCCAAUCUCCCAGAAGAGGGGCUCCUGAGCGAUCAAUUCCUGCUCCAGCGGUGGCGAUGAACGCGGUGAGAGCGGGAACCAGCGGUAACGACAUUAGAAUAAACAUUUAUCUGACUCUGAGAUUACCAGAAAAAUUCCUGGGCCAGGAGGUGAUUGAAGAGAACGAGGAAUACGUUGGAUUGGCUCCGGAUGGUCCAUCGGAUUGUCUCGCACAAGUUUAUGAUGCAGUUCCGAUUGAUCGAACUCGACAAAGUAAACGAUGUGGUGCUGCAAGAAGAGUAGGUCAAAGACCAUCUUGUACUGCUAGGUACGUUCCAUCAGUAUCGAGUAGAUUCAAUUCCAGUGUGCCUAGAUCUCAUCAGAGUUGCUGCGUGGAUGAAAGGAGAUUGGAGGAAAUCGAUUCGGUGAUGAUGAAAGAGUGCACCGGCUUCGAUCGAGCGACAUUCGAGGAUUUGGAUGAUGAUGAUUUAGGGUCUUGUGGUCGCGGAAGAAGUUGCUGUUGA